AUGGCCGGCGACAUUUCUACAGCCGAGCAAGAACCGGUUCAAAAGAAAUGUAAGUUUUUCUGUACUGAUCUCUUUAAGGAGAAUUUUGGUAUAUUUGAAGUCGUGUUCUUCUUAUUUUAGAUCUGCAUGUCAUUGUGCUAAUUUUAAGUUGGCUUCAAGAUAUAAAUAUUCAGUUUUGCUGUAAAAAUAUAUAUUUUUGUGUUCUUUUGACAGCGAGUAAGUCCAGGUAUUUUGUUUGGACGGAAGACCAUGAUGUCUUGAUGCUUCACGAAGCUGUAACGAGUGAACCUUACAAUUUUAAACCGAAAAGCAGCGACAGAGGGAAAGUAUGGGAAAGCAUCGCAGCCUAUUUGAAUUCUCUGAAGACUCCAGAAUUUAGGGUUACAGCAAGGGUAGUGAGAGAUUGAUAUGCACUCCUGAUCUCCCGGCACAAACUAAAGCAAAGAGAAGAAGAGAAAGCAUCUGGGAUCGAUGUCCCCGAGCUCACAGAGCUCGAUGCCUUGCUGGAGGAAAUUCGAGAGCGAGAGAAAAGUGUAGAAGAAAAGAGUGACGCCCUGAGAAAUGAGAGGAAGGCAAAAGAUGAGAAAGAAAAAACUAAAGCAGAGGAAAUCAGACAGGCGGCUCUUCAGACAAUUGCAAUUAGAAAGAGCGAUGAUAGUGGCGAGAAACCAAAAAAAGUUAAAUUGAGGAGGAGCACCUCUAAUGCAAUCGUAUUUUUGGCUGAGAAGUCAGAGAAAGAGAGAGAAUUGAAAAAGGAAGAGUUAGCCAUCAGAAAAAGAGAGCUUGAUCUAGCAGAAACUAGACAAGAGGAGGCUGCACAGCAUCAACAGACCAUGUUCUCAGCCCUGAUCAACACGAUGCAGCAACAGCAGCAGCUUCAACAGCAAAACCUUCAAAUUAUGCUUGACUAGCAAAACAAGGUAUUUAUGUCAUUGAUGGAAAAUAUUAAAAGGCAUUAAGCUCGAACCUUAUGAAUGUGGAAGAGCCCUGAACUUGUUGAGUUGACUUUUGUUAUGACUUUAGUUAUCUACAAGAGCAUUGUUGAUGGAUGUAAUUAUAUUUCUUUUCUAUAGAGAUUUUUGUAAAGUUUCAAGAAGAAAUAAAACAUUGUUUUUGCUAAUAGACAGAUGUUUUUCUGUACAAAGGGGCCUAAAUGCCCAAACUUUCCCCUAAUGUACAGUCGCUAAAUGCAGAAAAUAAAUCUUAAAAAUAGUAUUUAUAGCUAGGUCUGUUGUUUUCUAUUGUUUGGUUAGCUGUGCUUUUAUGUAAUUAGCUCAUAGUAUUUCUUACAUUUAGUGAGUCCACUCUAGAAAUUGAGCCAAUUUCGAGCAUCAUCAAGGAAAAAUCUCUAAAAGAAGCAUGGGUAUCUUCAUUCAGUCAUGUUAGAUUGGGGUAGCUUUCACCCAGGGUUGACUCUGUAAAAAUUCAUUAAGUCGCCACUGUAAACAUCCUGGGUUAGUGCCAGCCCAACCUCCAGCAAACAGGCCCUUGGGCUCCUAUAUUUGUAAAGUGUUUGUUUAAGGAAUUCCAAAAAAAUAGCCUGACUCUGCAAUGUUGUGCUUAAUUUUUUUUUUUGAUAAACCUCUUUUAUUUUAUUUAUAAGAUUAAUUUAAGUUAAUUAACCACAGUUUUCUGAAAAAUGGAAAAUAAAGUUGGGAAAUAAAUCAAUAGUUACAAUAACAUUUCUUGAAAAAUAGAAAACUUUUAGUAACAAAAUUGUGCUUAAUUUUAUUAUUAUUCAUUUUCUCUUUAAAGAGUUCAAUGGUGUGAGAAAUAGUCUUUAACUUAUCAGCAUACAAAUAUCUACCAUGGUUAACUGCAGUUAUAAAGUUUUGAUUCAUAUUUUAUCAAAGGCAAUGUAAACUGGGCAAUAGAGUUGUUUCCUAGCCAAAGUAUGUGUCAAAAGUAGGUGGCCUAAGGUCAAAAAAGUCUGAGGUCAUGUGUUACCAUACAAGCAUGUCAUUGCAUUACGCAGUAUGACAGAAACAAUAUAGAUCUUUCCAACACUGCUGAGGAAAAGCUUCAGAUCUUUUUUAAAGUCAUUAAACUUAAACGAGUUGAUUACAUCUCCGAACAGCCAUUCAACAGAACUUCUAACAGCACUCAUCUCUGUAUUGUACUGCUGCAUUUGUGGGGUCAAUACACCAUAUCUAAAGGGUCCUUGCAUCUGCACUCUAAGGGGGUAGGCAGGGUCACCAUAAACACAGACUGCCUGGCCAGCUGGAUUGUAGGCACACCGGUGAAGGUCGUGUAGUAGCUGUGAAUCGGCAAGCAUUCCUGCAUCAUGUUUUCUUCCUUCUAAAAAUAGGUAGGUGAUGGUAGGUAUCAGUGUAAGAGUAAAGGUUGCUGACAAUUGGGUUACAUAAGCUGUAGAUUAUAUGAGUACUUCAGAAACUUUUUUCUAAUUUCAUCUUGAGUUUAUAUUUAUUUCAAGGGGGGAGGGGGGACACUCCCCCCUUCCCUCUGGCUAUGCUCACAAUAAACUGUUGAAGUGAUCUCACCUUGGUAAUUGUUAUUGAAUAAGAAAAUCAAUAAAUUUAGCCUGUCCUAUAGCCUUGUAAAAUGUUUCAUUUUUUGUCAAUAUUUUCCCUUUUUUAAAAUAAGUGCAAGGUCUACAGAAAUAAACAUUUGGUCACAUCCCUUCUUUAAAGCUGGUGGCCUCUACUGUUUUGUAACUUACCAACUGGGCCAUAUAGAUUUCCGAUCAAGCCAUUUGGCAAAGCAAUGCUUUGAAAUUUCAGGGCAUGAACCCUUUUAUGCCCAUUGUAAAGAAGUCGCUGAUGUUCUUCAGGUCUUGAUAUAGGCCUAACGGUACCGCCAAAACAAUUGGGCAGUGGGGCUCCCCUGGCUGGCACAGCAUCAACACAAGUCUGCAGGUUGACAGGACUAAGGACCUCAUGAUUCCAGUUUAGUACUCUGUUCCCGUGAACAUUAUACACAAAGUCAAUCAUUUGAUUGGUGAUCAUGCUAAGAACUAAAACAGGUUUAGCGAAUCUAUGGACCAUGUCUCCAUAUCUGCAUGGGUAAGAAAGCCGCUUUAGCAGUCUGUAGAGACCUUCUAGUCCAUCACAAACAGAGCACUGACUGCAGGUAA